GAUUGGUCUGGUGUAUCCCGAAGGUCUGCUAGUAAACAUAACAAUUUAAGGGAUAAGAUAAGGCCUCGUAUCCCAAUAGCAAUAUAUUAAUUUUAGCAUUAUAUUGUAAUAUUAGGUGUAUAUAAUUAAAUUUACGAAAUGGAUGUUUUUUUAAUGAUCAGGCGAAAAAAAUUAACAAUAUUUACUGAUGCAAAGGAUGACACCACGGUUCUCGAACUGAAGAAGAUGAUCGAAGGUAUAAUGAAAGUACCACCGGCAAAUCAGCAGCUAUUUAAUAAAGAGAACAUGUUAAUGUCUGAUAGCAAGACUCUACAAGAUUAUGGGCUGACAUCAGCAACUGCGAAAGCACAAUGUCCCGCAUUAGUUGGUUUAGCUCUGCGUCAGCCUGAUGGUCAGUUUGAACCUCUCGAAAUGACACCAUUCUCACUACCACCAGAUCUCCCCGAUGUUAUGAAAUCUCAAGAAAAUAAUGGUCAAGAACAGUCCCCUUGAAAUAAUGCAAAUGAUAUUGUGUCAAUUGACGAUGAAGUUUUGUGUUUUACACAAUUUAGUAAUCGUCAGAGCGGCUCUGAAUAAAGGAGGAAGAAAGGGAAUCUUACGUACUAUGUAUGUGAAUAUUAGAAUGUGAAUACUGCAGUUCUGAAUACCAUAUAAAUAUUAGAUGCAUACAACUUUACGCAAAUAUUCAGAGCUGCAAAAUUUUUCAAUAUUCAAUUUAAUGAAGAUGCUAUAUAAUCACGCAAUUUUCAGUCAUGUGUGCAAGGACAUGUGAUGAGUACUAAUUUGUACUUGAUUAUUAGACUGAAAGUGAUAUAAUAAAAAAAUUCUGCUCACUA